UUUUACAUAGGAUUGCUUUUGAACCUCCCCCAAUAGGGAACAACCACAGGCUGUAUUGUAAGAACACAGAGAGCAGUCAUGUGACUUCUCUUUAAUGAGAUUGUUCUGCUAGUUUUAUUCUGUUAGAAUUGCUUACCUCCUUUACUGUAAAGCAGCCCUUGGAUAACUGAUUGCACUGUAUUAGUGUCUUACUCUGUUACAAACAAUGUGUGGGCCUGCCUGAGACCAGGACUGUUUACAGCUCUGUAGUGUGUUCCGUGUGUCUCUCUUUCCUAUGCUGCUUUCGAUUAUAAUGAGGGUUGCAGGUUUCUCUUAUAUAUAAGCACAGUUGGCUGGACAUUAUUCCUGAUAUCACUGUCUUUGUGUGUCUAAUCAGUUGUGUGGAUGAUCAGUACAGAAAAUGGAAAAUAAAUCUGCAGACGUGGAAACAGUUACAGGUGCAUCAGGAAUUGUCAGUGUUUCUCAGAGUUUUGGCAGUUUCGGCCGUGACUAUAAGAGUAUAAUCCCUGCACGUGAUGUCAAGUCUCUCAGUUGGGGUAGCCCUAAUUUCAGCAACCCUAAGAUUCCUGGUUUGCUGAGGAGAGUUUUGAAGGGGUCUGUUAGAAAGUCCAGACAUCAAGAGGUUGGUGAAUGGAGCCUGGAAGAGUGUCGACACUCCAUCAUGGAGCUGGCAAAGGAGAUGAACAGAGUCUUGAAGAACUCUGCCAUACCUACCGCUGUGUCCAGUGAGGAUACGUGCAGCCUGGAAGAGUGUCGCGGCUUCAUCAUGAAAUGGGCUGGCGAGUUGGACAAGCUGGUCCAGACACCAAAGCAAAGCCAGAGUGCUGGGCAGGUUGAGCAAAGAAAAGGAGCAGAGCUGAGAAACAAAGAGGAUCUCCCAGGACCAGAGGGGGAGGAGCCGAGUGAGGGGGCGGGGCAGAACCAGGGGGAGGAGCUGAACCAAGAGGAGGAGCAAAGACUGAAGGACGGUCAUGACAUCAUCAUGGGGUGGGCAAGAGAGCUGAAGACAGUGCCAGAGAACUCUGUCUCAGCGGGGGAGGCUGUGGAACAGGGUCUUGCAGAGCUGGUGAAGGAGUGGAAACGAGGCAAGCUGAGUAACAUCUUACCCAUCAUGGAGUUCAUCAUGUGGGCCCUGAUCAAGGAGAAGGCAAACAAGGGAAUUGUCACUCGGAUGUGGUUCUUUAGGAUGCUAAAAUCUCAGAAUAUUGGUGCUGGGAGAUGCCUCCCUGAUUCAGCCUGGCAGUGGAUUCACAAGGCAUCAGUUGAUGUGACUCUGGACCCUGAUACAGUGAUCCCCUGGCUCACCCUGUCUGCGGAUGGGAAACGAGUGAGAUGGGGAGAGACACGGCAGAGUCUCCCUGACAAGCCAGAGAGAUUUGAUCACUGGCCCUGUGUGCUGGGCAGGGAGGGCUUCACCUCGGGGAGACUCUACUGGCAGGUGCAGGUGGGGGGGAAUACAUUGUGGAGAUUAGGAGUCAGCAGAGAGUCUGCCGAGAGGAAGGGGAGGUUCAGCAUGACCCCCCAGCAGGGUUACUGGACUGUGGAGUGGAGUGGAGGUGAGUUCACUGCUCUCACUGCCCCCCGGAUCCCCCUCCCCCGGACCCUGAAGCCCCAGAAUCUGGGGGUGUAUCUGGAUUAUGAGGAAGGGCAGCUCUCCUAUUACAAUGUGGAGACCAGAUCUCACAUCUACACUUUCACUGACAUGGAGUUCAAUCCCAAUGAGAAACUCUAUCCAUUCUUCUGGACUUGGGACAGUGUUACAGACCUUGUGCUGGAGUCCCCUGACCCUGACCCUGUCAGCGCUGCAGAUUAAACACACAUUGCUGUCUGAACCAGGAAACUAUUCAAACAGCUCAGACAAUCUCCUCUUCACUUUCACUGACACUCUCUCUGCACUCUUCUGGGCUGAUGAGAAGAAAUCCUCUCUCUUCCACCCUCUUACCCUGAGCCCCUCCUCUUUAUUUCUCUACACCCCCUUUCCUACUCUCCCUUCCUCUCUCCCUCUAUCUCUCUCCUCCACCUCUCCAUCUCCAGAUCCCUCAUUCUCUCCUCUUCUGCUCUCCUCUCGGCCUCCCCUAUGGCUCUCCUUUCUCUUUCUCUUUCCCUUCCCUCUGAUAUGUUAAUCCCCUCCCUUCCCCUCUCUCCCUCUCUCCACCCUGCCCUCUCUAAUCUCCCUCUCUCCACCCUGCCUUCUCUACUCUCCCUCUCUCCACCCUGCCCUCUCUACUUUCCUCUCCACUCUCCCUCUCUCCUCCAUCCUCUCUACUCUCCCUCUCUCCACCCUGCCCUCUCUUCUCUCUGUCUCUCCACCCUGCCCUCUCUACUCUCCCUCUCUCCUCUCUCUUCCCUCUCCCUCUCUCCUCCCUGCCCCCUCUAAUUUUGUACUGUGAUAUUUUGUAACAACUGUAAGUCGCCCUGGAUAAGGGUGUCUAAUAAUAAAUAAUGAUAAGACUUUCUAGACAAUAGAUGAAUGCAUUAUUUUCCAUGUAAUCAGUAUUUACACUGAAGCUGAGAUGCUCCCUGAAUAUUAUUCAUUGCUAAACUCAGUGAACUGAUUUCUGCUAUUUUGAUAUGAAUCUUCUGUUCUGUUUUUGUAGCGCAUCUAUUUUCUCUCUUUCUUGAUAAAAUGUAUAAAAUAUAUAA